GUUGGUAUAUGAAACCGCCGUGAUUGCCAUCCCUGUGCUGGAGAUUACCCUCUCAGUUUCUCAGUCUCAGUGUGGAGGAGAAGCAAGCUGUUGCGGACAAGGUCCGGUGAUACCGGUGAUACCCAUCUGUUUUUCGGCACGGCGCUCGCUUUUCACGAUCAGGGCCGGGCUGACUGGGGUCACCUUCCGAAGCCGCUCACCCGCAAUGGAGCCUUGUCCACGGCAGUCGGGAGAACGGUGGAGAAUCAAUCGCAGCCCCGAGGUUUCGUCUGCUGUUGGUCCGAGCCCGCAAUCAAUUGUUUUGUCGGCAGCGGUUCAGUUGGAGACCAUCCAAGGUGGUGAUUGCGUCACAGUUGUACUUGGCCCUGUGAACGGUGAUUGCGGGCUUUUGCCAGCAACCAAAGAAUAUUAGUACUCUGUAUUUGAAGAAGCCAUAGUUGUAUAUCUUCUUCUCAUCAUUAUUAUUAACGCCUAUUGUCUGUCCUCCAAGACUAGCCCAGCCAGCCGUCCCUCAUCUUUGUGGGGCUUGCCUUUCUUCCAGUCAGUUGUACCUAUUGUGGCGAGGGGCCUUUAUACUUUACUCGACGCAGCAACAGGCACAAGCAGCAGCACCAGCAGCAAGCGGCACGCAACAUUAAGCUUGCACGCAGUUCAGACCUCGACCUCUCAACUUUGCCUUUUUACCACUCGAGCCACCCUGUACCCAAGCAAUUACUCCGCCUUCUCGACAAUGACGACUGUCGUCUGAGAGGCCUCUCCCAACCUUGUCCAUUAUCGCCAGCGGACACUUGCUUUUGCUUUGCUUUUCCAAAUCGCCCACCACCCCAUUGGAUGGUUCGCAUCACCGUAGCACAUCCUCGCCAAGACAUCGGCAACCAUGGCUGUCACUCGCGACGGUUACAACUCCACCGAGCAUCUUAUCCAAGCAAAGCCCCGACGACACUAUCGAACUGCAGUUCGGUGGCAGCAUUGGCAAUUGCGAUCCCUCAUUGGAGUCCAUGGUCAAGAUGCCGUCUUCUUUCCGCUGGUGGCGGGGGAGCGGCACAUAACAGUUCAACGAUUAAACACCACGACUGGCGAAUCCGAGACGGUCAAACGGUUGUCGUUCCCACCUAGGUGUCUGGUAGCGCGCAAUGGCUGGAUCUGCUGUGGAGGCGAGAAGGGCGCCUUCAGUGCCUUCCGGGUCGACGAGCCUUGCGCCGAAGACGAUAUCGAAACACUCCUCGAACUACAUCUGCGCGACCGAGCUGCUGGGAUGCCGCUGGACAUGUCCCGAUCAACCCGAGCGAAUGCUGGCAAAAAUUCAGUGGCUCGGAGCAGGCAUUGUGGCAAAGAUAGGGUGAACUGCAUCACUCUAUGGUUCACACCUACAUUGCAAAAGCCAUGCAAGGGGGCUUACGACGAGGGCGUUGCCGUUCUGGCCAACAACGAUAGCACCGUUAUUGUUGCCAGUCUGUGUAAUAUGGAGACACUCGACGAAAUCAAGUACCCCGACUUUAUGAACCGCGCCGUCAUUUCCCCGGACGGACAGCUUCUGUGUGCCAUUAGCGACGACCCCUAUCUUUAUAUCCACAAGAGGAGGUUGAAGAAGUCACAAGCCGCAGGCGUCUCCUUAUCCAUUUCGGGCCAGCCGCUGUACGAGUGGACGCCAUGUAGAAAGAUCCAGUUGGAGAGCCAGAGCAAGGAUGACCGAUCAGACAACAGGGGCAGUUUUGCGCUGUGUUUCUCGAGUACUGGUAGAUACCUUGCGGUGGGAACCCAGUACGGAACCAUCUCAGUAUUCGAUGUGGCGGCACUCGACGUAGCAACCGCCGAUCCCGUAUGCGCUGUUUUUACCACGUCACGACCAAACCAGGACUUUGGUGCCGUGCGUGAUAUGGCCUUUGCGCCAGGCCCUAUCGAUCUGCUGGCUUGGACCGAGGACCGGGGCAGGGUAGGCAUCGCAGACAUUCGUACCGGGUUUGACAAGAGGCAGAUUCUGUACCUGGACCAGGACGAUGACUUUGAGCACUUGCCGGUGGUGGACCGAGACACUAUUGACCCUCGUCUGAUUGAGGAAUUCCGGCGUGAGAGAGGUGACAUCCUUUCUAACUUUUCCAGCACCCUGGACUUGGCUGGCGAGCGGCAGGGCCGGAGACCAGAUGUACGAGAAGCAUUGGAGAGAUACAACAUACCAUUAACACCUGAAGAGACGGUUGUUCUGGAAGCCAUUCAAGGUAGCCGAAGGCGUGAGAUGGUGGCCCUAGAAGCAGUGGACGGUGGCCGGCGGGCCUCUGAACGGUGGGGGUCGUCGACCAGUUUUCCGAGGGCAACAUCGAACAGCGGCGGUGCCAAUGAAAGCGGUACCGGUAGCGGAUCGGGGACGGGGACGGUGACUGGUACUGGUGCUGGGAGCGGAGCGGGCAACGGAACGGGCACCAGCAGAUCCCCAUGGGCUGAGCGAGGCUCACGAUCAUCCUUGACUCCUGGUGCCGCGAGAACACGAGACCGUAGCGCGAGCGUUUCUCGUGCCGUUGACGAUCUCCUUGGGAACGUUCGCGACCAGAGGGAACGGCUUCGCGACAACCUGCGCAUGCGCGAGGAGCAGACACGCACGGCGCGGGAAGGUUACAGCAGUACCAGCAACACUGCUGCUGCUGCCACCGGCGGCAGCUUUAUUGCAGAGAGACGGCGGUAUGCAGCACCCCUUUCGUCGCGUCCUCCUGUUUCAGGUUCUCGAAUUGAUACUUCGGAUCGGCGGGCGCUGGUGGCGCGGCUGAUGGCCAACGCGAACCCGGCUUCCUCUGCGAGCAGAUGGGACAACGUGGAGGCAUUGUACGGCGGCCCCUCACCCCAACUUGUUGUUUCUCUGCUCACCGCAGCGGAUGUCCCUACCACAAGCUCUUCUGAGGAUGCCCCGUUUACUGACCUGCAACGGCGUAUUAGAGCAGCGUACCUGAUGCGAGAGCUGGAGGAAAGCCCGACGAGGCGCAUGUUUGGGUCCAUUGUGCCGUCCCAUAUCCGGCCGGAACCCUAUGACACAGCUGGCUUGUCGUGGAGCGAGGACGGUGAGGUCUUGUUCGUCGGCGCCGAGAGUGGCGUGUACGAAUUCCACAUCAACAAGCUGAGUCGAAAGCUUUUCCCAAGCAUAGAAUUCCGCUAGACCUCCACGAUCCAGUGUGUCAUCUUACAGCUUUGUCCCCAGUUUCUUUCGGCAAGGACAGGACACCUUCUAAUUUCACUUAAUUGAUGUUUUCUCUGGCUUGGGUUUUUCGCUUGUUAUGAGGAACGCAAAGGCUGCAUGUAUGAUCUUUUCGACGGCGUUAUCGCGAUUUCAUUUUCUUCUUCACUUUCAAUCGCGUCUGGGAUUUUCUGAGGGACUUGGGCAACAUUCUACUUGAGCCAGGAGCGAAAUAGGCUAUUAUAACGACACGACACGGACGCGCUACUCACAAACACCUACGCACGAACUUUUCUAGAACCUGUUCACCUACAAGCCUGUUUUCCGAAAAUGGGAGGGAGUGACUGGGGGGGAAGGGAGAGGACACAAAAAGUUCCUGCAUUAAUGGACUAUUGUUUACCUAGGAAUUUGAACUUAUAUGAGGGAGGAAGGGAAGGGGAAUGAAUUGGAGGGGCUCAACAAGAUUGGCCACCUACACACAUUGUGAUGAGGGGGGGGACAAUAUUAUUAGCAAGGCUGAGAGAGGGAAAAGGCGAAGGGGGAGGAGAAUUUUAUUCUAUUUUUACAUGUUUGCUUUGAGUGUCUACCCCGUUUGUUGUACCGAAGCCCUUUUCUUGGAGGUGGAAAGUGUAUAGUUAUAUAUAUAUGGUUUAUUGAUCCCAUUUGAUAUCGCUCAGCAUUCAUGAGCACGUUGACAAAGUCACUCUCGAGAUACGAUCAUGUUGACCAUGAAAUUUAGCGUGAUAUUUCC